GUUUGAAAACGAAUAUGUCGAAAUGAAUUGAAGGUUAGGUAAGGCAGAGAAGUGCCUUCAGGAUUUGAUGGGAUUGUUUUUAGACUUCGUUCAAAAAUCAAGUAAAAAGUAUUGAAAAAAUUAUCUUCACACUUAAUCAUGGCUCUUGCGAAUAUAUCUGGAAUUCCUGAUAAACAUUGGCAGCCACCAUUUGUAGUAUUUGAAACUACAAUGGGGGAAGUCAUGAUUGAGCUGUACUGGAAACAUGUACCAAUUACAUGCAGGAAUUUUGCUGAACUUACACGACGUGGAUAUUACAAUGGAACGAAGUUUCAUAGAGUAAUACGAGAUUUCAUGAUACAGGGCGGUGAUCCCACGGGAACAGGAAAAGGUGGGGUAUCCAUCUAUGGAGAAUGUUUUGACGAUGAAAUACACGAUGACCUAAAGCAUACAGGUGCGGGAGUAGUAUCUAUGGCUAAUUCAGGACCUGAUACUAACGGAUCACAGUUUUUUAUUACAUUAGCGCCUACACAAUGGCUUGAUGGAAAACACACAAUUUUUGUGGAAAUAGCUUGUCGUCGUUCUAUAGUGCUUUGUCGGAGAACUUUGCCAAUUUAAUCUAGAAAAUUUUCAUUAGGAUAUUUUUCAUUAACAGGCAGAAUUCAGUCUGGUAUGGCAAUAGUAAAAAGAAUUGGCUUAGUUGAGACCGACAAGAAUGACAGACCCGUUGACGACAUAAAAAUUGUUAAAGGAUCCAUAAGAAAUGCAUAAUAAAAAAAUAAAUUUUUAAUUACUGUA